ACAAUUGCGUGCCAUCCGGAAUAUGUGUUGGGUAUUGGAAUAUAUAUAUAUAUAUUACUCCAAAGGGAUCGAUUAAUUAAAGCCUUUGGAAUAGGAAAGCGAUCGAUGCCUUUUGGGUAUUAGGGAAUAUCUUCUCUUCUACUACUUGAAGCUAGGCUACCGCUGGGGUUUGUCUUCAUCUCUUACCUCCUCCUCCUCCUCUAAUUCCCUUGGUUUAUAUAUUGAAGGGUUAAACCCAGUACUGUUGCAAAUGGCUAACUUAGGAGAGAGAGCUUUCGCCUCUGUUGUUACCGCUAUCACAUAUUGUUUCUAUAGCUACAAUCACCAACAACCGCAACACCACCACCACCACAGCGACAAAAGCGUCAGAUUUCAUAUCAACCGCAACAUGCCAAAGGGUCGCCCCCUUUCUUUGCAGACUGUAGAACUCAAGGUAAGGAUGUGUUGCACUGGCUGCGAGAGGGUUGUCAAGAAUGCCAUCUACAAGCUUAGAGGGAUAGAUUCAGUAGAGGUGGAUCUAGAGAUGGAGAAGGUGACAGUGAUCGGGUAUGUGGAUCGAAACAAGGUUCUAAAGGCAGUGAGGAGGGCUGGAAAAAGAGCCGAGUUUUGGCCACACCAUCCCUUGUACUUCACUUCUACCAACAACUAUUUCAAAGACCUCACGAACGAAUACAAAGAGAGCUACAACUAUUGGAGGCACGGCUACAAUGUUGGGGACAAGCAUGGUAUCAUUCAUGCGACUCACCGCGGAGACGACAAAGUUAGCAAUAUGUUCAAUGACGAUAACGUCAACGCGUGCUGCCUCAUGUAACCUCUCUCCCCCCCCUUAUUGCAAUUGUCGCUUCAUAUACAAGCACGCGCGUACCUAUGAAAAUGCAGUUGUCUAUAAUUUGUAAAUUCUCAAGGAUGGUGCUUGUAAGGUUUCUUAGUCAGUUUCUACAUUAUUGUUAUAGUUGUGGUAAUAUAUCUUAAUUCUGUGUGAUUUA